AUGACCACGCCGGAGAUGGAGGAGGGGAAACAGAACAAGGGCAAACAGAUUCGCAUCACUGCGCCGGCACCGCCGCGGACCAUUCGAGAACGAAUGUUUCAUGCUUUGCCUGCGUACUCCGGCCCGUACAGUGUAGGGACUAUGGAGAUUGAGCUCCCAGCCCGCGAGCCAAAGACGUUUUCGCAUUUCAAGAGAGAGGGCGUGCAUGCUCUACGUAUGGACACGGUACUUCUUUCGAUCUACUACCCAUGCGACAUCAGCUCCUCCGCAAAAUCUGGACACAAGCCGUCGAGGGCGACCUGGUUACCUAGACCACGGGUUCCCACAUGUCGCGGCUAUGCCAAGUUUCUGAACAUACCUCACAUGCCCGUUACAGCCUACAUUGCUGCUACUACAAUGUGGACCAAGGUACCUGCACUUCGAAAUGCCAAGCUUGCCGGAUGCCGGCCUGGAGAAGAGCUCAGUGACGUCGGCGGUCAUGAUCUCGAGACAUCUGGAGGAGACGCCAUGAAUAAGCCAAAGUUCCCCGUGAUUAUAUUCAGCCACGGUCUUGGAGGUUCCCGAAUGUGUUAUAGCUCUAUCUGUGGGGAGCUGGCAAGCAAUGGUUUUAUUGUGGUAGCUGUCGAGCACCGAGAUGGAAGCGGUGCAAGGAGCUACGUGAACAUUCCGCCAAGCGGCAACUUGGCAGAUUGGAAGAUCUUGGACAAUACGAAAUCAAAAAACUCAUAUGUGGUCGACUAUAUAUGGCCCAAGGACAACGCGCAAGAUACUUCCCCACACAACCAACGAGGUGUUGAUCAUGAUCUCCGUGAUGCUCAAAUUGAAAUGAGAAUGGCGGAAAUAGCUGAAGCCUACUAUGCCAUGGAGCUCAUCAAUAGCAACAAGGGCGACUUAGUACUCAAAAGCAAUCUGCGAAAGAAGGGUAAUGUCGGCUCGAGUUCUAAAGGCCUGGAGAAUGUCGACUGGGCAGAUUGGGUUGGUCGGAUGCAUCUACACGACGUAACCAUAAUGGGACAUUCGUUCGGAGGAGCUACAUGCGUUCAGCUUGCUCGUGAAGAGGACCGAUUCCCUUGGGUUGGCCAGAGUAUUCUGCUCGAUGCCUGGGGUCCUGCAGUCCCAAUCGCUGAAGGUGCUCAAAGGCCGGUCACGAAGCCGCUUUUGACUAUCGGAUCUGAGGCAUUUAUGCAUUGGUCAGAAAACUUCGAAUCGGUAUUGAAUAUCUGUAAGGAAACCAGGGACGCCGGUGUACCCUGCUGGAUGAUGACUGUCAAGGGCUCGACCCAUCUAUCGCAGACCGACUUCGCCGUCUUGUAUUCUCGAUGGAUGUCGUGGUUCGCAAAGAAUGUGAUAAAUCCAAGGCGCGCGGUCUUGCUGACUACAAACUCCUCUUUGGAGUUCCUGAAGAAAGUACUGCCUUCGGAGCAAACAUCCGGCAGCUCCUGGGUCGAUGAAGGCAUACUGGAAACUAAGUCACUUUCUCUCACUGAUUCCUUACCAAGCGAUAACAAGCCGGCGGAGAAAUGGAUGGCAGCACGUCUUCGGAUUCCAAACGAAUUUCGACUCCGAAUUAUGAGCUGGUUUCGCAGGACACCAAAAACAAAAGUGCCGACUGACGCUUCCGGAAAGCCGCUCACCGGCUUAGUAACGCACCCUUUGGGCGAUGAGGUCUGGAUGCACGUAAACCCGAGUGGCGAGGCUAUUGCUUGUCCGCAAAGUCGACCUGGAUGGAACUCACGACAGAACUGUACGUACUCGUCGCAGUGCGUCGUUGCGUAG